AUGACGGCAGACUCGAAGGUGGAGUCGAAGGUGCCGCAGAGCUGUGCAGAGUUCGCCCUGUACACCACGUUGAAGAUUCUGGGCGUGCUGACUGCCCUUUACUUCUUUCUCUUUGGCCUUGAUCUGAUGGGCGGCUCUUUCGGGGCCCUGGGAGGCAAGCGGGCGGCCCAGCUGUUCACCAUUACCGACAACCCCAUUGCAGGGCUCAUGGUGGGCAUCCUGGCCACGGUCCUGGUGCAAUCCUCCUCCACCAGCACCAGCAUCGUGGUGGGCCUGGUGGGAGCGGAGGUGCUGUCGGUGCGCCGAGCCAUCCCCAUCAUCAUGGGCGCCAACAUAGGCACGUCGGUCACCAACACCAUCGUCUCCAUGGCCCACGUGGGAGACCGGCUUGAGCUCGAGCGCGCGUUCUCCGGUGCAACGGUCCAUGACAUGUUCAACAUGCUGAGUGUCCUGACCUUGCUGCCCAUCGAGGUCAUCAUCGCCGCUAUUUCCGGCGAAGGCGGACUCCUCUAUUGGAUUUCCAAGGGCUUGACGGACGCCAUCCUGGGCAGCAGCGCGUCUGAUCUGACCUUUACCUCUCCCACCAAGGCGAUCGUGAGUCCCCUGACCAAGGCUGUCCUCAGCAAGGACAAGAACGUCGUGAAGGCUCUUUCCUUCGGUGCGCCAUUGGAGCACGCCAUCCCGGAAAGCUUCUGCGGGUCCGCAGACUGCGGCACUUACUACUGCGUGUCCGAGGGUAUGAGCAAUGCUUGGAAGAAGGUGGCGGAGGAGGGCUAUGAGGCUUUGCAGGCCUGUGGGGCCUUUGUGAACGAAUGCGGGUCUGACACUUGCUACUUUGAUGCCGGCAACUACUACACGACUGAGAUCGAAGGUGCGCGUCUCAUUGGCAAGGGUUUCCUGAAGGAUGUUGGUGACGUGGCGGGCGGUAUCCUUGGGCUGACAAUUGCUUUGAUCGUGAUGUGCGUGGCGCUGUACGUCAUGGUGAGGCUGCUGCACAGCCUGGUUAUGGGCCAGGCAAAGAGGGUGAUCAAGAAGGGUACCCAGAUGAACGACUAUUUGGCCAUGCUGCUGGGUGUUUCCCUGACCUUGAUCGUGCAGUCCAGUUCUGUGACGACCUCUGCGCUGACGCCUUUGGUUGGCAUUGGAGUCCUGCCCGUCGCCAAGAUGUUGCCAAUGACCCUCGGCGCGAAUAUCGGGACGACAUUUACUUCCAUGUUCGCAGCGCUGGCUGUUAUGAAGGCGGACAGCAUCCAGAUCGCGCUUUGCCAUCUGCUCUUCAACAUCAUCGGCAUCCUCAUUUGGUUCCCUGCGCCCCCAAUGAGGAGGGUGAUCAUCAACGCCGCCUGCACCUUGGGGUUCUAUGCCUCCUACUGGCGCUUCGUGCCGCUGAUUUACAUCUUGGUGAUGUUUUUGGCCGUGCCAGGCGUGACAUUGGCCAUCUCCCUGCUCUACCAGGCCAGCGUGGCAGGGGGCAUCGUGUUGACAAUCUUGGCUCUGGGCGUGGUUGCGGGCUUGGCGGUCUGGUGGUGGCGCGUGGGCUGCUACAAGGUGGUGAGCCAAGAGGAGCGCGAGCUCCGACGGGCGCAGGUCGAGGAGCAGGUUGAGGAGCCGAAGCAGAUGGAGGCUCAGCAGGCUCAGCCGAGGGAUUUCCUGACAGACACUCUCGCCAUGACGGCAGACUCGAAGGUGGAGUCGAAGGUGCCGCAAAGUUGUGCAGAGUUCGCCCUGUACACCACGUUGAAGAUUCAUUGCCAGAUUCUGGGCGUGCUGACUGCCCUCUACUUCUUUCUUUUUGGCCUUGAUCUGAUGGGCGGCUCCUUCGGGGCCCUGGGAGGCAAGCGGGCUGGCCAGCUGUUCACCAUCACCGACAACCCCAUUGCAGGCCUCAUGGUGGGCAUCCUGGCCACUGUCCUGGUGCAAUCCUCCUCCACGAGCACCAGUAUCGUGGUGGGCUUGGUGGGAGCGGAAGUGCUGACGGUGCGCCGAGCCAUCCCCAUCAUCAUGGGCGCCAACAUAGGCACGUCGGUCACCAACACCAUCGUCUCCAUGGCCCACGUGGGCGACCGGCUUGAGCUUGAGCGCGCGUUCUCCGGUGCCACAGUCCAUGACAUGUUCAACAUGCUGAGUGUCCUGACCUUGCUGCCCAUCGAGAUCAUCAUCGCGGCCAUUUCGGGCGAAGGCGGACUCCUCUAUUGGAUUUCCAAGGGCUUGACGGACGCCAUCCUGGGCAACGACGCCUCCGACCUGACCUUUCCCUCUCCCACCAAGGCGAUUGUGAGUCCCCUGACCAAGGCUGUCCUCAGCAAGGACAAGAACGUCGUGAAGGCUCUUUCCUUCGGUGCGCCAUUGGAGCAUGCCAUCCCGGCGAGUUUCUGCGGUUCCGCAGACUGCGGCACUUACUACUGUGUGUCCGAGGGUAUGAGCAAAGCUUGGAAGAAGGUGGCGGAGGAGGGCUAUGAGGCUUUGCAGGCCUGUGGGGCCUUCGCGAACGAUUGCGGUUCUGACGCUUGCUACCUUGAUGCCGGCAACUACUACACGGCUGAGAUCGAAGGUGCGCGUCUCAUUGGCAAGGGCUUCCUGAAGGAUGUCGGUGACGUGGCGGGUGGUAUCCUUGGGCUGACAAUUGCUUUGAUCGUGAUGUGCGUGGCGCUGUACGUCAUGGUGAGGCUGCUGCACAGCCUGGUUAUGGGCCAGGCAAAGAGGGUGAUCAUGAAGGGUACCCAGAUGAACGACUAUUUGGCCAUGCUGCUGGGUGUUGCCCUGACCUUGAUCGUGCAGUCCAGUUCCGUGACGACCUCUGCGCUGACGCCUUUGGUUGGCAUUGGAGUCCUGCCCGUCGCCAAGAUGUUGCCAAUGACCCUCGGCGCGAAUAUCGGGACGACAUUUACUUCCAUGUUCGCAGCGCUGGCUGUUAUGAAGGCGGACAGCAUCCAGAUCGCGCUUUGCCAUCUGCUCUUCAACAUCAUCGGCAUCCUCAUUUGGUUCCCUGCGCCCCCAACGAGGAGGGUGAUCAUCCACGCCGCCUGCACCUUGGGGUUCUAUGCCUCCUACUGGCGCUUCGUGCCGCUGAUUUACAUCUUGGUGAUGUUUUUGGCCGUGCCAGGAGUGACAUUGGCCAUCUCCCUGCUCUACCAGGCCAGCGUCGCAGGGGGCAUCGUGGUGACAAUCUUGGCUCUGGGCGUGGUUGCGGGCUUGGCGGUCUGGUGGUGGCGCGUGGGCUGCUACAAGGUGGUGAGCCAAGAGGAGCGCGAGCUCCGACGGGCGCAGGUCGAGGAGCAGGUUGAGGAGCCGAAGCAGAUGGAGGAACCGCAACUGAGCGUGCCGCAGAGCUGUGCAGAGUUCGCCCUGUACACCACGUUGAAGAUUCUGGGCGUGCUGACUGCCCUCUACUUCUUUCUCUUUGGCCUUGAUCUGAUGGGCGGCUCCUUCGGGGCCCUGGGAGGCAAGCGGGCUGGCCAGCUGUUCACCAUCACCGACAACCCCAUUGCAGGCCUCAUGGUGGGCAUCCUGGCCACUGUCCUGGUGCAAUCCUCCUCCACGAGCACCAGUAUCGUGGUGGGCUUGGUGGGAGCGGAGGUGCUGACGGUGCGCCGAGCCAUCCCCAUCAUCAUGGGCGCCAACAUAGGCACGUCGGUCACCAACACCAUCGUCUCCAUGGCCCACGUGGGCGACCGGCUUGAGCUUGAGCGCGCGUUCUCCGGUGCCACGGUCCAUGACAUGUUCAACAUGCUGAGUGUCCUGACCUUGCUGCCCAUCGAGAUCAUCAUCGCGGCCAUUUCGGGCGAAGGCGGACUCCUCUAUUGGAUUUCCAAGGGCUUGACGGACGCCAUCCUGGGCAACGACGCCUCCGACCUGACCUUUCCCUCUCCCACCAAGGCGAUUGUGAGUCCCCUGACCAAGGCUGUCCUCAGCAAGGACAAGAACGUCGUGAAGGCUCUUUCCUUCGGUGCGCCAUUGGAGCAUGCCAUCCCGGCGAGUUUCUGCGGUUCCGCAGACUGCGGCACUUACUACUGUGUGUCCGAGGGUAUGAGCAAAGCUUGGAAGAAGGUGGCGGAGGAGGGCUAUGAGGCUUUGCAGGCCUGUGGGGCCUUCGCGAACGAUUGCGGUUCUGACGCUUGCUACCUUGAUGCCGGCAACUACUACACGACUGAGAUCGAAGGUGCGCGUCUCAUUGGCAAGGGCUUCCUGAAGGAUGUCGGUGACGUGGCGGGCGGUAUCCUUGGGCUGACAAUUGCUUUGAUCGUGAUGUGCGUGGCGCUGUACGUCAUGGUGAGGCUGCUGCACAGCCUGGUUAUGGGCCAGGCAAAGAGGGUGAUCAUGAAGGGUACCCAGAUGAACGACUAUUUGGCCAUGCUGCUGGGUGUUGCCCUGACCUUGAUCGUGCAGUCCAGUUCCGUGACGACCUCUGCGCUGACGCCUUUGGUUGGCAUUGGAGUCCUGCCCGUCGCCAAGAUGUUGCCAAUGACCCUUGGCGCGAAUAUCGGGACGACAUUUACUUCCAUGUUCGCAGCGCUGGCUGUUAUGAAGGCGGACAGCAUCCAGAUCGCGCUUUGCCAUCUGCUCUUCAACAUUAUCGGCAUCCUCAUUUGGUUCCCUGCACCCCCAAUGAGGAGGGUGAUCAUCCACGCCGCCUGCACCUUGGGGUUCUAUGCCUCCUACUGGCGCUUCGUGCCGCUGAUUUACAUCUUGGUGAUGUUUUUGGCCGUGCCAGGAGUGACAUUGGCCAUCUCCCUGCUCUACCAGGCCAGCGUCGCAGGGGGCAUCGUGGUGACAAUCUUGGCUCUGGGCGUGGUUGCGGGCUUGGCGGUCUGGUGGUGGCGCGUUGGCUGCUACAAGGUGGUGAGCCAAGAGGAGCGCGAGCUCCGACGGGCGCAGGUCGAGGAACAGGUUGAGGAGCCGAAGCAGAUGGAGCAACCGCAACCGUGCACCCUGCUUUUCGCAGCGCGCCACACGGUUGCCGGAACUCCGGCAGUGAACCGGGAUUUCGUGACAGACACUCUCGCCAUGACGGCAGACUCGAAGGUGGAGUCGAAGGUGCCGCAGAGCUGUGCAGAGUUCGCCCUGUACACCACGUUGAAGAUUCUGGGCGUGCUGACUGCCCUCUACUUCUUUCUCUUUGGCCUUGAUCUGAUGGGCGGCUCCUUCGGGGCCCUGGGAGGCAAGCGGGCUGGCCAGCUGUUCACCAUCACCGACAACCCCAUUGCAGGCCUCAUGGUGGGCAUCCUGGCCACUGUCCUGGUGCAAUCCUCCUCCACGAGCACCAGUAUCGUGGUGGGCUUGGUGGGAGCGGAGGUGCUGACGGUGCGCCGAGCCAUCCCCAUCAUCAUGGGCGCCAACAUAGGCACGUCGGUCACCAACACCAUCGUCUCCAUGGCCCACGUGGGCGACCGGCUUGAGCUUGAGCGCGCGUUCUCCGGUGCCACGGUCCAUGACAUGUUCAACAUGCUGAGUGUCCUGACCUUGCUGCCCAUCGAGAUCAUCAUCGCGGCGAUUUCGGGCGAAGGCGGACUCCUCUAUUGGAUUUCCAAGGGCUUGACGGACGCCAUCCUGGGCAACGACGCCUCCGACCUGACCUUUCCCUCUCCCACCAAGGCGAUUGUGAGUCCCCUGACCAAGGCUGUCCUCAGCAAGGACAAGAACGUCGUGAAGGCUCUUUCCUUCGGUGCGCCAUUGGAGCAUGCCAUCCCGGCGAGUUUCUGCGGUUCCGCAGACUGCGGCACUUACUACUGUGUGUCCGAGGGUAUGAGCAAAGCUUGGAAGAAGGUGGCGGAGGAGGGCUAUGAGGCUUUGCAGGCCUGUGGGGCCUUCGCGAACGAUUGCGGUUCUGACGCUUGCUACCUUGAUGCCGGCAACUACUACACGACUGAGAUCGAAGGUGCGCGUCUCAUUGGCAAGGGCUUCCUGAAGGAUGUCGGUGACGUGGCGGGCGGUAUCCUUGGGCUGACAAUUGCUUUGAUCGUGAUGUGCGUGGCGCUGUACGUUAUGGUGAGGCUGCUGCACAGCCUGGUUAUGGGCCAGGCAAAGAGGGUGAUCAUGAAGGGUACCCAGAUGAACGACUAUUUGGCCAUGCUGCUGGGUGUUGCCCUGACCUUGAUCGUGCAGUCCAGUUCUGUGACGACCUCUGCGCUGACGCCUUUGGUUGGCAUUGGAGUCCUGCCCGUCGCCAAGAUGUUGCCAAUGACCCUCGGCGCGAAUAUCGGGACGACAUUUACUUCCAUGUUCGCAGCUCUGGCUGUUAUGAAGGCGGACAGCAUCCAGAUCGCGCUUUGCCAUCUGCUCUUCAACAUUAUCGGCAUCCUCAUUUGGUUCCCUGCGCCCCCAAUGAGGAGGGUGAUCAUCCACGCCGCCUGCACCUUGGGGUUCUAUGCCUCCUACUGGCGCUUCGUGCCGCUGAUUUACAUCUUGGUGAUGUUUUUGGUCGUGCCAGGAGUGACAUUGGCCAUCUCCCUGCUCUACCAGGCCAGCGUCGCAGGGGGCAUCGUGGUGACAAUCUUGGCUCUGGGCGUGGUUGCGGGCUUGGCGGUCUGGUGGUGGCGCGUGGGCUGCUACAAGGUGGUGAGCCAAGAGGAGCGCGAGCUCCGACGGGCGCAGGUCGAGGAGCAGGUUGAGGAGCCGAAGCAGAUGGAGCAACCGCAACUGAGCGAGCCGGCUGAGUCGGCGGUUUGAGGCGGCUGAGUCCGUUCCAAGGGGAUGUUUAUAUGCAUGUAUAAUACGUGCAUACAGUAUGUACAUGUUUCUUCACUCUUGAAGCCUGUGCCUGCUGCGGCCGCCAGAGGCGACUGUUGCAAGCCCAAGGCGACGCAAGCGUCAAAUAAGUUGGGCAGAUCUCGGAAAUUUGGAGAAUCUCUGUUGGCUUGCUGCAGGUGCACCCUGCUUUCCGCAGCGCGCCACACGGUUGCCGGAACUCCGGCAGUGAACCGGCUUCUUUGCUGAUGCUUUUUGUUCUCUUUGGCGGUCCUCGGCAGCUGAUAACGCUUUUGCAGUGACCGAGGCUGCCUUAGCCCGAUUCCACGGCGAGGCUUCUUUCGUAGUGGGAUUGUUGCCUUGCCGCAAAGGCCUUUGGCAAUGCAUUUUAAAUGGGGAAACCCUUGAACCUCUCGCCGAACAGGGAUUUCAGCUGCCAAAGGCGCUGUCCCUUUCGUGUUCUCCACUUACGCGGCCUCAAGCCCAGACGUUAUGAGGCCUCCGGGCGAGAUCAAUGCCAAUUGAUUUGCACGGACAACAUGCGGCUUCAGC